AUGCCAGCAACAUCGAUCACAAUGUCACUGCAAAGGAUGCUCUUAUCAGCACCAGUUAAUGUUCAAGUUCUGGUCAUUCCUCUCCUGCUUAUUUUGCUAUUAUCGUUAUUAGUAGCCAGCAAUCCGGAUGAACUGCUCGGUGCUCGUUGUCAUGCAAACUGUCUUCAUCAGCUGGAAACACGUGCUACCCACGAUUGUCCGGAAGUACUGGUGCAAGAGAAUGAGGCCGAGAGCUCCUCACGGCUAAUUACUGCAGCCUCGGAGAACCGUGGUUAUGUGGCCGACCUAAAAUAUCCAAAUAGAACAAGUUGGGUAGUGGACCCUGAGAAAAAGCUGUACCGACAGUUGCUGCUUCUCAAUAACAAUAAGCGCGAUAAUCUGGGCGAUCUUGAUGCCGUCAAUGACGCACCGAGCAAAUGUCUCUUCAACAAUGAGAACUCGGUUUAA